AUGAUGGCUGAUGAAGCGGAAGAAGUGCGUUUAUUGCUUUCCCGGCAUCGUUUAGCCAUCGUUCGAGAGCUAAUCCAGACGAAUCUGAUCCAGAUUUUAGUUAAACAUAGUGUAAUCAGUGUAGAAGAAGAAGAAUUAAUUAGUGGUGAAAGUGAAUUGGAGAAAAGAUGCGAUCAUCUCAUUGAAAUAAUAUCUAAAGAUGGCUUCGAGAAGUUCAAGCAAUUUUGCUAUGCAAUUGAAUCAGAGUGCUGCCAGCUGAUUUCGGAUCUGAUCAACGACAGACUGUCGCAGAAUGCGGAAGAGAUACGAGUGACUCUAUCCGAUCUCGGAGAUCAACCAGUUACUGUGGUUCAGUAACACCAACUCCAGUUCCUAAUAGUUCUUCUCGUCGCUCGUCACUCGUUGGUCCUACACUAUCCAUGCCAAGUUCUGAUCCCCCAC